AUCUCUGCCCGUUGUCAGGCUAGGUGAAGCAGCGCCGCCAGUUUGAAGCAGGUGUCCAACAUGGCGAUCACGGGCAGCGGAUCUCUCUGUUCUUCUAUCUUGUUUUUCUUGGUUUCCGCGGCUUUUCUUCUUGGUAAAGGAGCUGCACAGGACAUACAAGUUCCAGGUCAGAACCUGGAGACCGAUAAUGUGUCGGUGGUGGAGGGAGAAGUCGCGACCAUCAGCUGCAGAGUCCGAAACAACGACGACUCGGUCAUCCAGCUGCUCAAUCCAAACAGACAGACCAUCUACUUCAGGGACGUGAGACCUCUGAAGGACAGCCGCUUCCAACUGGUCAACUUCUCAGACAACGAGCUGCAGGUAUCCCUGUCUAACGUGUCACUGUCUGAUGAAGGAAGAUACGUGUGUCAGCUCUACACAGACCCACCCCAGGAAGCCUACGCCGUCAUCACCGUGCUGGUCCCACCAGGAAACCCAAUCAUUGAGUCCCAAGAGGACAUCGUCAGUGAAGGGAACACGACAGAAAUAACAUGCACUGCCAUGGGGGGCAAGCCGGCUGCCAGUAUCCGAUGGCUGAAGGAAGGCAAAGAGCUGCAAGGAGAAUCGACAGUGGAAGACACGGACGACAAGAUGUACACGGUGACAAGCAGGCUGAUUCUCACCGUCCGCAAGGAAGAUGACGGGGUCCCUGUGAUCUGUAUGGUCGACCACCCUGCUGUGAAAGACUUCCAAGCACAGAAAUACCUGGAAGUACUAUAUAAGCCUGAAGUGAAGAUCACAGUGGGGUUCCCCCAUGGCCUGACCAGGGAAGGAGAGGCCUUGGAGCUGAGCUGUACAGCUGAGGGCAAACCCAAGCCCCAGUCGGUGCGCUGGAUGAAGCUGGAUGAUGAGCUGCCAGACCAUGCGCUCUUGACAGGCUCAGACCUGUACAUUGACAGCCUGAACAAGUCCUACAACGGGACGUACCGCUGCAUGGCAGCCAACGCAGUGGGGGAGGCCUAUGCUGACUACGUGCUCUUUGUACACGAUGCUCUCACCACUACCCCUAUACCCACCACCACCACCACCACCACCACAACCACUAGCGCCACCAUUCCAACAGCCAUUGAAGAAGACACCUCGCCGACGACAGAGCCUGCAGUCCACGACUCCAGAGCAGGAGAAGGGGUUCCCAGAACAGUUGACCACGCAGUCAUAGGGGGGGUGGUGGCCGUGGUUGUGUUCGCCAUGCUGUGUCUGCUCAUCAUUUUGGGACGAUACUUUGCAAGACACAAAGGUACCUACUUCACACACGAAGCCAAAGGUGCGGACGAUGCUGCUGAUGCAGACACUGCCAUCAUCAACGCAGAGGGCGGACACAGCAACUCGGAGGAGAAGAAGGAAUAUUACAUCUAAGCCAGCUUGGGUUACGAGGUGUCUGAUGCUGGACACUUGCGGGGAGGGGUGGGGGGGUGGGGGUAGGGUAGUAGCCUGACAGAAGGCAGGGGUGCGGGCGGGGAUUCUCUCUCCAGUCACUGUAGUAAGUAAAGUCCACCAUUCGACGCCUCCGUAACUGCUUAGGUUAGGCUUUCGUUUUUAGUUCAAUCAUUUGCAGAAAAUUCUGUGCCUUGUUUUUAUUUCAUUUUUUGAAUUCUGUUACAAACUCCCACUCCCCCACCUAAUCUGUGAAUCCAUUUAGCAUCUGGCUUUCCUUUAGCAUCUGGCUUUCCUUUCCGGUACGAAAUCAAGCUCGGCCCUCAUUUAACAAGAUAAAGAAGUUUCAAAAACACUACCCUGUGCCAUCUUCAGGAGAGCCAGUUACACAGCUUUUAGUAUUGGUGGUGUUUUUUUUUUUAUAUAUAUAUAUAUAUAGAUUUUUUUUUUUUUAGUUUUUUAUAAAAAAAAUUUAAAAAAAGACCAUGUAGAUAUACAUUUUAAUUUUAUGCUACCCACAAUCCUGUGCAUCGAUUGCGGUCACUAAAAACACACGGCCACACCCAACAAACUCCUCCCAGGGGUAGAUGGGAUUGCGCGGUGUUUACUGCAAACGAGGCAUGUCGUGAAGAUUGAGCUUCUUUCUGAACGAGUGUCUGUGAACUGCAGGGUCCAGGACUUCUCCCACUGUCUGGCUGGGCUGCAGUCGCUCACUGUUUCUAGGGCUGAACCAGAGCUGGCAAAGGAGAGAGCAGAUAGUAUUCAGUUAUCACAACGCCCACACGAAGCAAUGAGCCGUUUCUGUUCCAAACUAUCCCAUCAGCCUUCCCCAAUUGGCCUUGCUUGCUUACUUUCUGUUCGACUCAAAACAGCGUCGUCAUUGCUUUCUGUGACUUGUCCUCCCUUUUUUGGAAGCGCCGUUGUUACCCGCUUGCGUCUUGGAAAUGCAGUCAAAGCAGAGGAGUGGAGUCGCGGUUCGUUUAUCGCCGCGUAGAAUUCUGAAAAGCAUCAGCCACUGCCUUAAAUGUCACAGCCACCGAUGCUUUAACAGCUAAUGAGCAUUUCACAGGAGCAGAUCUAGUUUGGAAAAGGCCACAGGUCAUGCGUUAGGGGGGGGGGUGUGUUUGGGUUGGCGUCUUACUUUGAGGAGGUUUUAGGAAUUCUUCUCAAGCUUGUGUUUUCCCCCUCCACUACAAAGUUUUAAAAACAACGAUGUGUUAAAGGAUGGGGGGUCACAAAUGCCUGGAUUAUGACCCCCAAAGUGAAGAGAGGUACUACCAAUAAUAUUUUCUACCCAUGUGACUGCUUAUCUAAGGAAGGGCAAAAGUAGCAUUUUGGGUAGAGUUGAGAGGUUUCGGUACACCUUCAAAGCGGCAUCUUCAAAUUCUACCACAAAUUGCCUUUUUUUUUUCUUCAUAGAGCACUUAUGCCCAUCCAAACAGUCAUAUUCUCACACUGGAUGAAAUGCCAGUACUAGUCACGGAGUCACUUUGUACAGUCGCUUUAUCGUUCGUGUUGGGAGGAGAUUGAGAAGCAGUAUUCCGGGGGCAGAAGCCAGGCUCCAGUGAGCUUUACUGAGCCUGGGUCAAAGCUGUGGCAGCUUCUGUGUAAAAGUAUUUAAUGUAGGUCAGCGAUAUAAACCUGGAAUUCAUCAGUUUUCACAGACCGGGACGGAUUCUUGUUUCAGUUUUAAGUUACAUUGUGAAUUGUAAGCCUUUUGGGAACAAGAUUGUAAGUUACAAAAAAAAAAAAAAAAGAUGUUUUCGUGUUUUAAAAUAAACUCCCACAACCCCCCUGAAGAAAUUAGAAAAGUGAUAUUGAGCACCUCCUAAAUAGUAUCUGUGAAUAGGAAUACAAAAUAACAGCAAAUCAGUUUGUUAAAUGACUUUAUACUGUGUGGUUAUUUAUGGAGUGUAGCGUACGGUUUUUUUAAAUUGUUUCAGCCCCGUUUUCAUUGAUGGUUUGGAUUGUAUGGAUCGAAUAUUUUUUUUUUCUGUUGCUUUUUGCCGUGUCUCAGGUUCAUGUGUAAUGAACGGUGUUUUAUUUUUUGCAUCCCAGGUAGAAUGCAAAUGUUAGUCCCGCACACAUUGAUUGGAAAAACAUGGCAAGUCCUGAGUUUUUAGCUGUACAUGUUUUAUGUAUUUUCCUAAAAAUACAGUGCACUGUUGAAAAUGUGUUAAGUAUUACUUUGUAUAGACUUAGUUCACAAAGGUAAAAAAAAAUAAAAUACUCAUUUUGUUUUAAGAUCAAGAAAAGAACAAACUUACUGUGCAACGGUCAGUUCCGGAAUGGUUUUUAGGAGGUGCAAGCCUGGCCAGUGAAGGCUUGCGUUGUCCAGGAGGUUUGGUCUUGCGUCACUCAAGCUGUUUUUUCAGUCUGUUCUUUUGUCUUUCUGCUGUACUUGAGCAAUGUUACUGUGUAUUAAUAAUAAAAAAAAAGAACUAUC